UCUUACCAUUUAAAAGUAAAAAAAACUAUAUUAAAAGUUCUGUCUUUCUUUAUGUAUUUCAUUUCUGUACUUCACGAAAACCAUCGGAGAGACCAGGACAACCAAAACAAAGCCGCACGCAACUUUGAUCAUCAGCAACAACCUUGUACAGUUCAGAAAGGAGGAACUUUUUCUGCUGGUUUGUGAAGGCGGUGGUGGUAGGAUUUUUGGGGUCAGAGUUUUAGGAAAUGGUGGGAAAAGGAAGCAUCAAGGCUGAGGACUUGACCUUGUGCUUUGAGAAGCUUAUGAUGUUUGCAAGUGCAAGUGGAAGUGCUUCUGUUGGUGGUAGUGGGUGUAGUGGUGGGAAAAUGAAGAUGGAAGGAAGGGUGAUGAUCACUGAUUGGAAGGAUAUUCCGAUAGAGCUGCUUAUGCAAAUCCUGGCGCUUACGGAUGAUCAGACGGUGAUCCUGGCGUCUGGAGUCUGCCGUGGCUGGAGAGAUGCUGUUUGCUUGGGCCUUACUCGCCUCUCCCUCUCAUGGUGCACCAAGAACAUGAAUAGCUUGGUCCUAUCUCUAGCUCCUAAGUUUACGAGAUUGCAGACUCUAAUACUGCGUCAAGAUCAUAAACCCCAGCUUGAGGAUAGUGCUGUUGAGAGCAUUGCAAACUUCUGUCAUGACCUGCAGGUCCUGGACCUCAGCAAAAGCUUCAAGCUCAGUGACCGAUCCCUGUAUGCCUUAGCACAUGGGUGCCCAAAUCUUACAAAACUAAACAUUAGUGGGUGCUCGGCAUUCAGUGACAUUGCUCUUGAAUAUCUUGCUGGCUUUUGCCGAAAAUUGGAAGUCUUGAAUCUUUGUGGUUGCGUCAGGACUGCAUCAGACAGGGCAUUGCAGGCUAUUGGGCGUUACUGUAGUCAGUUGCAGUCUCUGAAUCUUGGUUGGUGUGAGGAUGUACGUGAUGUUGGAGUUAUGAGUUUGGCAUACGGAUGCCCUGAACUCAGAACUGUUGAUUUGUGUGGCUGUGUCCAAAUAUCAGAUGACAGUGUGAUUGCUUUGGCAAAUAGGUGUCCUCAUUUGCAAUCGCUUGGCCUUUACUACUGUAAGAACAUUACAGACAGAGCAAUGUAUUCCUUGGCCCAGAGUCUAGUGAAGAACAAGCCUGCGGCAAUGUGGGAAUCCCGGAAAACCAGGAAUGACGAGGAAGGGCUUAGGACUCUCAACAUCAGCCAAUGCACAGCGCUCACCCCUUCUGCUGUUCAGGCUGUGUGCGAUUCAUUCCCUGCCCUUCACACCUGCUCUGGAAGGCAUUCCCUCAACUUUAGCGGCUGUAUGAAUUUGACGUCAGUGCAUUGUGCCUGUGCUGUCCAAGCUCACCGCACCGCCAACGCCUUUCCUCAUUCAGCUCAUUGAACCGAUGAACGAGAAUGAUGGUAACACUGAAAAGUGUUGCAAGGGCCGAGGUCCCUUGACUACAGUACAUAUGUUUGUAUUGAGAUGUAAGAUAUUGGUCGCAAAUGGGAAGCAACCAUUUGUUGUAACGUACGGACUUUAUCUUGACUUAUGUUAUCAGCUUUUAGACAUUGAA